GCAUAUCUGUGCUUUUAGGCAGUCCUUAUACCAGUUAGGCAUUUGUUUCCUGCGCUAACAUUGGAGUAGAUUUCCGAGUGCCGGGGAGUUCCUCCUAUAAGCGAAGCCGUGCACCGUAACAUGAGGGCUCAAUUUGCAACGCAUGUAGCCGAAAUAACGCCUUUCAAGGCUCGGUGCGUCCGGUUGUCUACCGCGCACUUACGGAGCGCGGUUGCCGCUCGAGUCACCAGUAUCGCCGCACCUUCGUCGCGCGCCUCAGAUACUGGCCCAUUACAGGACACAGGGAGGGUCCCUUCAAAGAGCGCGCAUGGGAAUGCCUUUGCUGACCGCUCGGAUGCAGCUGCACCGCACCAUUCCAGCGACAACGGUGACUCGAUACUUGCAUCAGCCAACAGCGACCAAGUAGCAAACUUGGAGCGGGCUAGAAGCAGUCGCAAUGCGACGACCAGUUCUGCCGCUUCGCAAACACCAGGUGGCCGCAAGCGGGCUGCGGUCAGCCCUGACAGCACUCAGGCGAAUGGUGUUUCCAGGACGGGUAGCAGCCGCAGGCGCACGACGUCCCGAACUCGGGAAUUCCAGCCUAGGGAGUACACCGCACAGCUGACAGCUGCAGAAUCCAUUUCGGAGCUGCAGCAGCUGUUUGAAGUGGGCCGGCAGCACGACAUCAACGCAAUCCACAUUGCCACGUUAUGGACGCGGCUAGCCAAGCUUGUCUCGGCUACAGACCGCCGUUCCGCGGCCGCCAGCCGCCGGGCCGCUGGCAGCGUUGACGGCGCACAAGACACGCCCUCCCCCUCAUCAUCCCCGUCCAUGAUCCUAACGCCGUCCAAAGCAGCGUCCGCCUCGCGACAACCCCAGACGCAGCAGCAGCCCCAGCCAUCGCAGCAGCAGGAACAGCAAGAACAACAGCAGCAGCAGCAGCAGCAGCAGCAACAGCUGGACCCAGCGCAGUUAGCAGCCUUCGUGCAGGAGCUGCAGGCCUGCACCACGCCGCAGCAGCUAGAGAGCAUGGAAGCCCGCGGCCUAGCAAACGUGGUGUGGGCUGCUGCGAAGCUUAAGCCCCAGCAGCAGGAGGGUAGCGCACCCUCAACCCAGCGGCCCUCCUCUUCCGCGAGCGGUCCACAGGACCACCCCAACGGAACGGCUGGAGAGGUGUCAUCAUCGGGUGAAGGACAGGAACAGCAGCGGCAGCGGCCGCUACGCGUAAGAGGAGGCAAGAAGGCGCUGGAGGCCGCGAAGGCUGCUGCAGCAGCCGCGGAGGGCGAGGGUCAGCAGCAUCAGCAGCGGACGACGCUGGUAUCGGAGGAGCUGUUGGAUGCGUGGACUGCAGCUGCGGGGAGCAAGCUAAGGAACUUCAGCAUGCAGGACAUUUCGAAUGUGGUGUGGGCGCUGGGCCGGCUGGGAUACCACCCGCGCGGGCUGUUCAUGAAGCAGCUGAGCAUCGCGCUGCUGAAGGAGCUCCCGCGCGCCGACCGGCCGCAGCAGCUGUCCAACGUGCUGCUGGGGCUGGCGCUGCUGCGCUUCGUGCCGCCCAUCCGCGACUUCUGGGCGGCCGUGUGGGUGGCGGUGGGGCGGCUGGUGCUGGCGGACAGCAAGACGCCGGACGUGCAGGCUGUGUCCAACACGCUGUGGUCGCUGAACCAGCUGAGGGCGCACUGCGGGGCGGACAUGGCGCCCGUGCCGCCGGAGCUGGUCAGCAGGGCGGUGUUCCGUGCCGUACAAUGGGGUGACAAGCUGAGCGCCACGCAGCUGCAGGACGUGCUGGUCUCGCUGCACCCGCUGGGCUUUGAGCCCUCCGAAUACCAGGCCUCGAAGCUGCUGGCGCUGGCUCGCCGCGUGCUGCCUGACAGCGACGCGCAGGCGCUCUCGAACUUGCUCAUGUCGCUGCUGCAGAUGCACGUGCGGCCCACCGCCGCUUGGAUGGUUGCCUACCUGGAUGCCUUUGAGGGGCGGCUGCAUGCCAGCAAGGGGGAGGCGCUGGCGAGGCUGGUUUACACGAUGGGCAAGUUUGGCAGCAGGCCGCCGGCCUGGAUUCCAAAGCUCUGGGCGAAGCUGGAAGCCGAGCUACCCUCCAUGUCGGCAUCCGACAUUGCAUUUGCCAUCAUGGGCAUUAGGAGCUUGUACCCGAAGCUACCGCUCUGGUACAAGGGAGCGACGUCUGCUGCGGAGGUUGAGGAGGAGGAGGGUGAUGCGAGUGCGGCAGCGGCAGCGGCGUCUGGCGAGGGUGCGGGAGAGGAGGAGGAGGACGCCGCGUCCACGCAAGCUGGGGAUGCCGAGGGUAAAGGCAAGAAGCGGCUUGAUGGGAGCAAGCUGCGGCUGAAGUGGCCGCCGAGCAGACGGCUGCUGGUCGCGCUGCGUAGGGCCUGGGAGGGAGUGGGGCAUGAGGCGCAGCUGUCGGUUACGUUUGAAUACCGGGCGACGGUCCAGGAAUUCCUGAACGCUGCUCUGGAGGAGUGAGAACCGAAGUAGUAGCAGCAGUAGCCGUGGCUUGGCGACUGCAGUGGGGACUGCUUUAGUUGUGGAGGUUGGUGGCGAAUGAAUGACACAUAGCAGAGGAAUGCCGGACAGCCCACUGUAGCCUUGGGGUGGGGCGUUAGUGUUAUUAAGGCGUAGAUUUUGUCCCUCAGCGCCUGCUCAGCCCCUCAUUUUGUGAGCAUUUUAAGAGCGCUGAGUGUUGCUGCCUAGCGAGGCUAGCGGUAGUUGGGCGUGCGUGGAUUGCCAUGUUCACGUGGCUUAGGCGAGGAGCAGUUUGGCGGACGGGUGUGAGGGAACCCUGCGGCGCUGAAGUGGGAGGUGAGCCUUACCAUUACUAUUCCGUUGGUACCGGUAUCAGUUGUUCCUGACAUUGGCCUGUCUUGGUGAUACUGCAUAGACUGGUCGCAACUAUUGCGUGGCGGGUUCUUUGUAGUACAUGCGGUUGCUAUUAUGGCAUUAAGAUGUUUGCAGCAUACACAGGGGAAUAGCGGCCGGGCAAGGAGUGUUGGCGGACCCUUUAUGAGCGGUGUAUUGGUGCCGUUUAGCACUCACACAUGAGUCGGCGCAUAUAUUGAGACAUUGUUAGGCAAACGCACGGCAGGUGUGCUUGCAGUUUGAGCAAUUUGGCUGCCGGUACACACGGUGUGAUCUUAUCAUAGUCAACCGGUCGGCAUUGUUGCAUUGUGCUCUUACCGCCUUCGUCGUGAGACCAGCUGCCCAACCCAAGCCCCCAUCCUAGAGCACUGCGAGGUUCACAUGUGUCCACAUGGGCUACCGACGGGGGGUGUGAGGACAUGGGAUAGCGAGAGCGUUUGCAUUACGUGGUUUACAAAGCCAGCAGCCGGGAGGAAAGUAUUCAAUCGAUAUUUCGCCACGUUCCGCAUCCCCUUCCAAUCGUAUUGCGUUCAACAUGUGGCUUAUCACUAGC